AAUAUAGUUUAUUAGACCCGUCGUUGUUCUAACGAAUCUAGCUAUAUUUCCAUUGUUUUGUUGACUCACUGUUGUGUUGCGCGUUGUAACUAUUUCUAAUUUACAAAUUAGCUUUUUCUUUUGACCAUGUUGAUUAUUCAAAAGUGACGAACCUUGACAUUGCCAUUGACCAAUGGUAAACGAUGAUCAACUGAAAAAACUAUUAUAUAUAAAAUUAUAAGUUAAUGAAUCAGUUCUGAGUUUGGGAAUUACUUAAAUUAUAAAUAAGCAGAUAUUCACUAAGUUAUAUGUUUCUAAUGUUUUACACCUAUGUUUGAUUAAACACCUAUAUUGUAACUAUUAUCAUCGCCAAAUCCUAACGAAAAAAUGGACGAAUAUUAUGAACAAGAUUGUUACAAAAAUGAUUAUGAGAGUAUUGAAAAAGAAAGACCAAAAAAAGACCAAACAGAAUAAAUAACUAAUACUUUGUCGCGGUAUGGCCUUUUAAACAACGAGGGAUAUUUAAAUAGAAACAAGGAAACUUCGGACACACUAUCAUCCUAAAGGUAAAGACAUCAUCAUGUAUUCAUGUUCAGUCUCAAAGAACAUUCCAUGGACCUUCUCGUUCCGUACCUUUAUAAAUCAAAUCUCCUCCGCAGUGUUUUAAGCAACAAUACGACAUCUUUCAUUUCACUCUCUAAACCCACUCUCAAGCCCUAACUACGCCAACAAUGUCAGGUUUUGAUUACAACGACUCAACAAACUCAGCUGAUUCCGUCAAUAACGGUGUUAACCCACCCGUUUUCUACCGGAACCCUAGUUUCAGCAACGUUAUCUUAAACGAUAACUGGAGCGACUUGCCGUUAAGCGUCGACGACUCUCAAGACAUGGCCAUCUACAACACUCUCCGCGACGCCGUUAGCUCCGGCUGGACACCCACCGUUCCUCCUGUCUCCUCUCCAGCGGAAGUUACCGUGAGAGAAGAGAAGACGGAGACGGUGGUUGUGUCGGAGGCGAGUGGUUCCAACGCUCCGCCGAGGCAAAAGGGAAUGCAGUACAGGGGAGUGAGGAGGAGGCCGUGGGGGAAGUUCGCGGCGGAGAUAAGGGAUCCGAAGAAGAACGGAGCUAGGGUUUGGCUCGGGACUUACGAGACGCCGGAAGACGCGGCGGUGGCUUACGACCGAGCGGCGUUUCAGCUCAAGGGGUCAAAAGCUAAGCUUAACUUUCCACAUUUGAUUGGUACUUGUAAGUACGAGCCGGUUAGGAUCAGACCUCGCCGUCGUUCGCCGGAACCGUCAGUCUCGGAUUAUUCAUCGCCGGAGCAGAAGAGUGUAGGUCACGUUGAAGACGGUGAAUCUAGCUUGGUUGUUCCGAAUAUGGAUUUCCCUGUUGAUCAAUCGGCAUAUACGUAUUUUGAUUAUCAGCAAUGAUUUAAACAAGUAAAUUUUAA